AUGGACUCCCAAGACGAUCCCUAUUUGUACGACGACGGCGAUGCCCAGAGCAUUACGCCCGAAGACUGCUGGACGGUGAUCCUGUCUUUUUUUCAGGAAAAAGGUUUGGUCUCCCAGCAGUUGGACUCGUUUGACGAGUUCAUCGAGACAACCAUCCAGGAGUUGGUGUGGGAGGAUUCGCAUUUGAUUCUCGACCAGCCAGCUCAACAUACUUCCGAAGAUGACCACGAGAACAGACGUUACGAAAUCACAUUUGGCAAGAUCUACAUCUCUAAGCCUAUGCAGACAGAAGGCGAUGGUACCACUCAUCCCAUGUUCCCUCAAGAAGCCCGUUUGAGAAACUUAACUUACUCCUCACCUUUGUAUGUAGACAUGACCAAAAAGGUGUUCAAGUCCGAUGACAACAGACGGAAGGAAAACGAGUUGGAAUGGGUAGAAGAAAAGGUAGAAGAUGAAGAACCUCAACAAAAGGUCUUUUUGGGUAAAGUACCCAUCAUGUUGCGGUCCAAGUUCUGUAUGUUGCGUGAUUUAGGUGAACACGAGUUCUUCGAGUUGAAAGAGUGCCCUUACGAUAUGGGAGGCUACUUUGUCAUCAACGGUUCGGAAAAGGUGUUGAUUGCCCAAGAGAGAAGUGCUGCAAAUAUUGUUCAAGUAUUCAAGAAGGCUGCUCCUUCUCCUAUUUCUCAUGUUGCAGAAAUAAGACUGGCUCUUGAAAAGGGUUCGCGUUUGAUUUCGUCGAUGCAAAUCAAAUUGUACGGUAGAGACGAAAAGGGAACGUCUGGUAGAACGAUCAAGGCUACAUUGCCUUACAUCAAGGAAGACAUUCCUAUCGUAAUCGUAUUCAGAGCGUUGGGUGUAGUCCCCGACGGAGACAUCUUAGAACACAUCUGUUACGAUGCUAAUGAUUGGCAGAUGUUGGAGAUGUUGAAACCCUGUGUGGAAGAAGGGUUUGUAAUUCAAGAAAGAGAAGUCGCUCUUGAUUUCAUUGGUAGAAGAGGUGUUUUAGGUAUCAGAAGAGAAAAACGUAUCCAGUAUGCUAAGGAUAUCUUGCAGAAAGAGUUGUUGCCUAAUAUCACACAGGAAGAGGGCUUUGAGUCUAGAAAGGCAUUCUUCUUAGGUUACAUGGUCAACAGAUUGUUGUUGUGUGCAUUGGAAAGAAAGGAGCCAGACGACAGAGACCACUUUGGUAAAAAGAGAUUGGAUUUAGCUGGACCCUUAUUGGCCAACUUGUUCCGUAUUCUCUUCAGAAAGUUAACCAAAGAUAUAUACAACUACAUGCAGAGAUGCGUAGAAAACGACAAAGAAUUCAAUUUGACGUUGGCCGUCAAGUCCCAAACCAUAACCGAUGGUUUACGUUACUCUUUGGCUACAGGUAACUGGGGUGAACAGAAGAAGGCCAUGUCGUCCCGUGCUGGUGUAUCUCAAGUUUUGAAUCGUUACACAUACUCAUCUACCUUGUCACAUUUGAGAAGAACAAAUACUCCUAUUGGACGUGAUGGUAAGAUCGCCAAGCCCAGACAGUUGCAUAACACUCACUGGGGAUUAGUAUGUCCAGCAGAAACGCCUGAAGGACAGGCGUGUGGGUUGGUUAAGAACUUGUCUUUAAUGACAUGUAUUUCAGUUGGUACACCUUCUGAGCCUAUCUUAUACUUUUUGGAAGAAUGGGGUAUGGAGCCUUUGGAGGAUUAUGUUCCUUCUAAUUCUCCUGACUCGACCAGAGUGUUCGUAAACGGUGUUUGGGUUGGUACUCACAGAGAUCCAGCCAACUUGGUUGAUACCAUGCGUAGUUUAAGAAGACGAGGUGAUAUAUCUCCUGAAGUUUCUAUUAUCAGGGACAUCAGAGAAAAAGAGUUUAAGAUCUUCACCGAUGCUGGACGUGUUUACCGUCCGUUGUUCAUUGUAGACGACGAGGCCGAGUCCGAAACCAAAGGUGACUUGAAGUUGCAGAAGGAGCAUGUCCACAACUUGUUGUCGUCUGAAUACGACGAGUACGAAGACCCAGACAACGAAGGAGCCAGUUACACCUGGCUGUCAUUGAUUAAUGAUGGUGUUGUAGAGUAUGUAGAUGCUGAAGAAGAAGAAACCAUUAUGAUAGCCAUGACACCAGAGGACUUGGAAGCUUCCAAGAAUGCUAUUACUGAAACUCCAGAUAAGUCUGUGCUCGAAGAGCAAGAGUUAGACCCAGCCAAGAGAAUCAAGCCUACUUUCUCAGCUGCCACACAUACAUUCACCCAUUGUGAGAUCCAUCCAUCUAUGAUUUUGGGAGUGGCAGCUUCGAUUAUCCCCUUUCCAGAUCAUAACCAAUCGCCUCGUAAUACCUAUCAAUCUGCUAUGGGUAAGCAAGCCAUGGGUGUCUUUUUGACUAACUACUCUGUGAGAAUGGAUACUAUGGCCAACAUCUUGUACUAUCCACAGAAACCUCUAGCUACCACUAGAGCCAUGGAGCACUUGAAGUUUAGAGAGUUGCCUGCUGGGCAAAACGCCAUUGUUGCCAUUGCUUGUUACUCCGGUUACAAUCAAGAAGAUUCAGUGAUUAUGAACCAAUCAUCCAUCGACAGAGGGUUAUUCAGAUCAUUGUUCUUUAGAACGUAUAUGGAUUUGGAAAAGAGGCAGGGUAUGAAGGCAUUGGAAACAUUUGAAAAGCCUUCUCGUUCGGAUACAUUAAGGCUUAAGCACGGAACCUACGAGAAGUUGGAUGACGAUGGGUUGAUUGCUCCUGGUGUCAGAGUCAGUGGUGAGGACAUCAUAAUUGGUAAGACUACACCUAUUCCUCCAGACACUGAGGAGUUGGGACAAAGAACACAAUACCAUACCAAGAGAGAUGCUUCCACGCCUUUGAGAAGUACCGAGUCUGGUAUCGUCGAUCAGGUGUUGUUAACCACGAAUGGUGAUGGUGCAAAGUUUGUCAAGGUGAGAAUGAGAACAACCAAGAUUCCUCAGAUCGGUGACAAGUUUGCUUCCAGACACGGACAGAAGGGUACUAUUGGUGUUACCUAUAGACACGAAGAUAUGCCGUUCACAGCCCAGGGGAUUGUUCCCGAUCUUAUUAUCAACCCCCAUGCCAUUCCCUCUCGUAUGACGGUUGCGCAUUUGAUUGAAUGUUUGCUUUCGAAGGUGUCGUCAUUGUCUGGGCUCGAAGGUGAUGCUUCUCCCUUUACCGAUGUCACUGCUGAGGCUGUAUCCAAGUUGUUGAGAGAACACGGCUACCAAUCGAGAGGUUUCGAAGUCAUGUACAACGGUCACACUGGUAAGAAGUUGAUGGCACAAGUAUUCUUUGGACCUACGUACUACCAGAGAUUGAGACACAUGGUCGAUGACAAGAUCCACGCCAGAGCCAGAGGACCAGUUCAAGUCCUUACCAGACAACCAGUAGAAGGUAGAUCGAGAGAUGGUGGUUUACGUUUCGGUGAAAUGGAAAGAGAUUGUAUGAUUGCCCAUGGAGCUGCUGGAUUCUUGAAGGAAAGAUUGAUGGAGGCAUCUGAUGCCUUCAGAGUCCAUGUCUGUGGUAUGUGUGGUUUGAUGACGGUUAUUGCCAAUUUGAAGAAGAACCAAUUCGAGUGUCGUUCGUGCAAGAACAAGACCAACAUCUACCAGAUUCAUAUUCCAUAUGCUGCCAAGUUGUUGUUCCAGGAGUUGAUGGCAAUGAAUAUUUCUCCAAGAAUGUAUACCGAAAGAUCACAGAACAGCAUUAGAGUUUGA